AUGAUUGGUGACAACACAGUUGAUGUCAUCAGAAACAGAUGCAACACUUUCACUCCUUACAAAUCAUUCUCAGAACACAAAUAUCAAGUUGAAACAUGUCCAUAUCCAGACAAACCUCUCACUAAAGAAGAAGAUAUCAUCAUAACAUCAACAAUAUCAACACCAUCAGAAAUCAUUGAAUCAACUGAAACAAAUGCAGUUGUUUCAAAUGAAACUACAACAACAACUAAUUCAUUUGUUGAUGAUCAAAAUACAGGAGGACAACCAACAAAACCUGAUAAAUCAUUGACAAUUGUUUUCAUUAUUAUUAGUGUUUGUUUGUUGUUAAUCAUUAUUUUGUUGGUUGUUUAUGUUGUGUUUUUGAGAAAGAAAGCAAAUAAUGAAGAAACUGAAGAAAGUAUUUCAGAACUGAAAGAAGAAACAGUGAUGUAUCAAUAUAACACUGAAGAAAGUGAUGAUACUAUAUCAAGAGUGAAUAAUUCUAUCGCAAGAGAUGACUCAUUCGAUGAUUUACCAGAUAGUUUAAUAGAUCCAAGUAAAUUCAAUAAUUUUCUUGAUUGA